AAAAACCAUCAACAAUAGAAGUCCACUUCUUUUCCCAUUUCAAUUUGUUGUUCCUUGUUUUCUCUUUUUCACUAAUCCUUUUCCUAUAAUAUUCAGUUUCUGCCACAAUCAUUUUUUGUUUUGCAAACACUCACUUAACUUUCUUUGAAAUCUGAGAGUUAUGUUUCAGAGAAACCCUUCCUACACAAACCCAGGACCCUGUCAACACCUUGCUGAUUACAAGCUCAAGCAUGGCUUCAAUGGCUAUAAAGCCGUACAAAAGCUUCUUGUGACCUCUCCAAUUGGGAGAACCAGUGUGAAGAAACCCAACGCAAAGAUAGCCAGAUGCAGUUUCUGUAAUGGGUGUGAAGGGAGGUUCUAUUUGUGCCUGAUUUGCUCUUCAUUCUCAUGUUUGGAUCAUACCCUUUUGCACCCUCAAUCAGAAACUGGUCAUGCUGUGUUUGUGGACAUUGAAAGGGCUGAACUUUAUUGUGGGUUGUGCUGUGAUCAAUUGUAUGACCCUGAUUUUGAUCAAGUUGUGAUGUCUAAGCACUCAAUGGGUGCCACUGGGAAUGAGAGCAUUGGCCAGAGGUUGAUCAAGAGGAGGAGAUUGGUUUCUGGGGUUGUUGGAUUGGAUUUGGACAAAAAAUAUAAGUGCACAGUUUCAACCAAAGAUCUGAGGGCUAAAUCAUGUUAUCCUAUGGGAUUGAGGGGUUUGAACAAUUUGGGUAGCACAUGUUUCAUGAAUUCUGUGCUGCAAGCAUUGCUUCAUGCACCUCUUUUCCGGGACUAUUUCUUGAGUGGUGGACACUGUUUGGAGGCUUGUCAUCAGAAGAGAACCAUGGAUCGGAUGUGUUUGCUUUGUGAUAUCAAUGCUGUUUUUUCAGCCGUGUAUUCUGGUGAUCAAAAUCCAUAUAGUCCUGCUCAGUUUCUCUACAGCUGGUGGCAGCAUUCAGCACAUUUAGCAAGUUAUGAGCAGCAGGAUGCUCACGAGUUUUUCAUUUCGAUGUUAGAUGCAGUACAUGAGAAAGAGGGUGAAACAAGGAACCGAAGCAAAGGUAAUGGAGAUUGUCAAUGCAUUGCUCAUAGGGUGUUCUACGGGCUAUUGAGAUCAGAUGUUACCUGCAUGGCCUGUGGAUAUACCUCAACAACCCAUGAUCCCUGUGUGGACAUUUCACUUAACUUGGACACCAAUGUUUCUUCAACAGAAAAGGGUAAAAAACUUACCAAACAGAAUGAGGAUGGUAAUGUAUCUACCCUUUCUGGUUGUUUAGAUUUGUUCACAAGACCAGAGAAGUUGGGGUCAGACCAGAAACUUUUUUGCCACAAUUGCCAAGAAAGGCAGGACUCAUUGAAGCAAAUGUCUAUUAGAAAGCUUCCAUUAGUACUUAGUUUGCAUGUAAAGCGAUUUGAGCACUCUUUUGUUAAAAAGUGUUCUAGAAAAAUAGAUCGCUUUGUACACUUUCCAUUUUCCUUAAACAUGACUCCAUAUUUGUCCUCCUCAAUCCUCAGAGCCAGAUAUGGAAAUAGAAUUUAUACUUUUGGGGGUGAUGAAUCAGAUAUGUUUUCUGAGUUUGAGAUUUUUGCAGUGGUAACACAUUCAGGGACACUUGAGUCUGGCCAUUAUGUUUCUUUUGUGCGUUUAAGGAAUCAUUGGUACAAAUGUGAUGAUGCUUGGGUAACCGAGGUUGAUGAGGCGACAGUCAGAGCUUCACAGUGUUACAUGAUUUUCUAUGUGCAGAAAACUUUGUACAAUAAAGCAAAUGAAGAUCUUAGUCACCUGCCAAAUUCCCUUGAAAGAGAGCUAUUUCUUCCUACUGCUGGCUGUAGCAAUAGAGGAGGAUGUUAAGGGGAGUACAUGACGAUCAAAUAGUGGAUUAUAACGUGUGCUUUCUAUGGCAUCGAAAGCCAGCUCCAUGCUCAGUGAGGGAAUUCUUUUUUUGUUCUGAUUCUCCCUCAGGUUUGGAGGUUUGCAGUUUAUAGUUGACAAGAUGGAUUUGCAAUAUGCAUCUUCAAAGUUCAAACUGCUAAAAUGCGGAUAUGGGAAUGAGACAGGUUGCUAACUUGACUCCAAAUGAAUAUUUGCAUGUGGUUAUGUCAUUGGCAGCAUUGAAACAAAAGAUCAAGGAGCCAGAAGUGACUCAAUUUCUUCACAACUUUCCACAGUAUGCUUACUCAAAUUCUUUAAUUGAAGAUAGUCAUGUACAUAACUCUUCUCAACUGAUGCUAAUGAAAAUUGUUCAACAACCAUUGUUACUCUUCCACUAAAUGUGGAGAAAAAGAAAGCUAAGGGCAAAAAAAGAGAUUGGGUGUGGAUGACUGUUACUAAUUCUUUGUCUAACAAGGACACUGCAAUACUUAUGCUAAUGUGCCCUUGCCCUUGAACAUUGCAUUUUGUUGUGAGUGCAGAUU